AAGCCGCCCCUUGUUUAGCAGUAAAAGUUUCCGGUUUGUCGUCGGUGGGGCUCGCGUCAGGCAGAGAAGAUGAACGCGCCUCCAGCCUUUGAGUCGUUUCUUUUAUUUGAAGGAGAAAAAAAGAUCAGCAUCACUAAAGACACGAAAGUCCCAAACGCCUGUUUGUUCACCUUGAACAAGGAGGAUCACACGCUGGGGAACAUCAUCCGAGCUCAGCUGUUGAAGGAUCCUCAGGUUCUGUUUGCUGGCUAUAAAGUUCCUCAUCCUCUGGAACACAAGAUCGUCAUCAGAGUGCAGACCACACCUGACUACAGUCCACAGGAAGCGUUCACGAACGCCAUCACUGACCUCAUCAGCGAGCUCUCGCUCCUGGAGGAACGCUUCAGAGUCGCCAUCAAGGACAAACAGGAAGGGAUCGAGUGACGCCCCCUGGUGAUGUCACUUUGUCACGGUUUUGCUCGUCUUCACACUGUUUCUGUAUGUUUAUUGGCUUAUUUUUAUAAAUAAAGUAUGUGAUGUUACAACCUGCA